CUCGGAACCUUCUAAGCGCGGAAGCAGCUGCCGGCCGGAGCUCUUCCGGCAGCCCGCGCCCCGCCCCCUCGGUCGCUCCCUCCCGCCGCCCCCCUCGUUCAUCCGCGCCCCCUCCCAUCCCCCCGACGCUGCGGGACCCAGGGGGGGGCGGCCAGGCCCGGACCUCGGAUCCGGAACCCCGGCGCGCCGGCCUCGAGCCUCUGCACCGAGCCAUGGAGCCUCCGCCCCCCCAGGCGUCCCCCUCCCCAGAACCAGGCCCCUCCUCGACCCCAGAGGCACCAGGACAACCUCCGAGGCUUGGCCGCUACCUCCUCAUUGAUACGCAGGGUGUCCCCUACACGGUGCUGGUGGAAGAGGCCCCCGAGGCCCCCACAGGGGAGGUGUCUACAGGGUCGACCUCCCGAAAAUGCUACAGCUGCCCAGUGUGCUCCCGGGUCUUUGAGUACUUGUCCUACCUACAGCGGCACAGCGUUUCGCACUCGGAGCUCAAGCCCUUUGUGUGUGCUGUGUGUGGGAAAGCCUUCAAGCGGGCCAGCCACCUGGCCCGCCACCGCUCCACGCACCGGGUCGGGGGUGGCCGCCCGCACGCCUGUCCCCUGUGUACUCGGCGCUUCCGAGACGCGGGGGAGCUGGCCCAGCACAGCCGCGUCCACUCCGGGGAGCGCCCCUUCCAGUGUCCGCACUGCCCGCGGAGGUUCAGUGAGAGAAAUACCUUGCAGAGACACACUCGGAGGAAGCACCCGUGACAGGGAAUGCUGGGAUUGCAGGGGGCUCCUGUGCUUCCCCCGCUGACCGCUGACCGCAGGGCCGGACCUCUACUGAUGACCUCUUCCAGCUUUAUGGACGCCGACAUACCUCGUCCCCCGCCCAGAGGCGCCCCUCCCUUCCCUGCCUCCUCCGCUGGGCUGGGGGAGCUGGCCAUGUGGCCCGGCCUCCGGCCAGGCUGCCAGCCCAUGAGCAGAAUAAACGGGAAGUGAGUUUUCA